AUGGGGAAGCUGUUGAACAAGUACGCCAAUGGGCGAGGGUUACCCGCCAACGCCGAGCGCACCGCGCGCACGUUCGACGCCGAGCGACGACGCAAGAACGGCGGCGGCGCACUCGACACCUUUGCACGCGGUGGCGGCAACGCCGCGUCGACGUCGCGCGCUGGACACGGCGGCGCGACGAGUGGUGGGAAGAAGUGGAAAUCUCGCGCCGGGGCGAAGCCGAGAUUGAUGCGCGCGCUGCGCGUAAGCGCGAAAGGACACCGCGCGCUCACCGCGCGAGAGGUUGAGAAACUCAUCGAACCGGUGCUGCAACCCCGGCGAGCGAAGUACGGUGGACAAGGGUUCGCGAAGACGAGCACGUUCGUGAACAUAUCGUGCGAUGAUUUCUUGGGCGAAUUCACCGCGCUGUUCGACGAACACGUCGAUGGUUUCAACGGAAAAUCGUACGUGAAGAUGGGAAAGGCGCAAGAAGACAUGCUGUGGAAGCAAAAGCUUCGCGAAAAGACGCGGCAAGAGGCAACGGGAGAACGUCAACUAGCGGGCGCACAACCAUUUGAAGUCGCUCCGGACGGCGAGGCGAAGAUUAAGAAGAAGAAACGGAAAAUGAUUGAAUCUCCGACUGCGACGACGCCGAAAACCAAGGUCGAUGUCGAUUUGCAAGCCCAAGCCAUCGCCGCGUACAGAGCGUUGAAGGCGAAAAAGGCGGCGACGCAGAACAACGCAGCGAAGUGGAAAAGAUAG